CUUUUUCUUAUCACCUUAUUCUUAUCAGUUCCCAAUUUAAAACCGGUGAAACAACAGUAAAAAAAUGGCUUCUACGUUCGAUGUGGACGAAAUAAUCAAAACCCUUCUUGCUGCCAAACAAAACAACAAAACCAAAAAAGUCAAUUUGAAAGAAAGCGACAUUACUGCACUAUGUCACAAAGUAAGCCAAAUUUUUCUUGAGCAACCCAUGCUUCUGGAAUUGGAAGCCCCCAUAAAGAUUUGCGGCGAUAUUCAUGGACAGUACAGUGAUUUGUUGAAACUGUUCGGUUUUGGGGGAUUCCCACCCGAUGCCAAUUACCUCUUUUUGGGGGAUUACGUAGAUCGAGGACGGCAAUCUCUCGAAUGCAUUUGUUUACUCUUUGCUUACAAAAUCAAGUAUCCCGAGAAUUUUUUCCUGUUACGGGGAAAUCACGAAGUUUCAUCCGUAUGCAAAAUUUACGGCUUUUUCGACGAAUGCAAAAGGCGUUACAAUGUUAAGUUGUUCAAGACUUUCACUGAUGUUUUUAAUACUUUACCAGUGGCGGCCGUAAUCGAUGAUAAAAUUUUUUGUUGUCAUGGCGGUAUUAGCCCGGAUUUGUUACACAUUGGACAAAUUAGGAACAUUCAACGACCUUGUGACGUCCCCAGUUCUGGUCUCUUGUGUGACUUGUUAUGGGCUGACCCAAUCCCAUUAAUGGGUUGGCACGAAAACGAUCGAGGCGUAUCGUUUUCUUUUGGUCCAGACGUUGUUGCCAAAUUUCUGGAUAAACAUGAUUUCGAUUUGAUUUGUCGGGGACAUCAGGUUGUUGAAGACGGUUACGAAUUUUUUGCACAAAGAAAAUUAAUUACUGUUUUUUCCGCUCCGAAUUAUUGCGGAUCGUUUGAUAAUGCUGGAGCUUUGAUGUCUGUUAGUACGGAUCUACUUUGUUCGUUUCAGAUUUUAAAACCGACAAAGAAUGUCACGACGUGAUACAGUUAUUAAUUUUAGUGCUUGUAUUCCUCAUUAUGUAAUUGUGCAUAUUUCGGAAAAUCAAACGUUUCGUCCUCUUCGUUGUCAUCAUCAUCAUGAAACACUUUUCUUAUCGUUAUCACAAGUAUUAUUAUUCCAAUAAUGGAAAUUACGAUUACGACAUAAGAAAUCGUAUCGUCUAUUUAAUCAAAUCAAUAAUUCAGAAAUAAUGUUUAAUAAGAUACGUACAGUUUG